UUGGUAUAACCUUACUUUACACUAAUUACCUAUUUUAUUGUUAAAUGUUUUAAAUUAGUGCAAAAUGAGUUCAGAAGUUGUUUCUUUGCCGCAAAAGCGGUAUUACCGUCAAAGGGCCCAUUCAAAUCCCAUAGCAGAUCAUUGUUUUGAUUAUCCUUUAACCCCAAGUGAUAUGAACUGGGAGAAAUAUUACCCGGAAAAAGUUAAACUAGGCAGUAAAAAUAAUCCAGAGGUUCAGUUUGCUGAUAUAGGUUGCGGUUAUGGAGGUUUACUUAUUACUUUGGCAACAAUGUUUCCUGAAACUCUAAUGAUAGGAAUGGAGAUUCGAGUUAAAGUUUCUGACUAUGUAAUGGAUAGAAUUGCUGCUUUGAGAUCGCAGAAUCCCAAUGAUUAUCAAAAUGUGGCUUGUUUGAGGACAAAUGCUAUGAAGUACUUACCAAAUUACUUUAAAAAAGGACAGCUGACAAAAAUGUUCUUUUUGUACCCAGAUCCUCAUUUUAAGAAGGCUAAACACAAGUGGAGAAUUAUUAACCAGUGUUUAUUAGCAGAAUAUGCCUAUGUCAUGUCUGUAGGGGGUAUUAUUUACACAGUAACUGAUGUAAAAGAUUUACAUGAAUGGAUGGUACAACAUAUUACAGAGCACCCUUUAUUCAAAAGGGUAGGGGAAGAUGAAUUGGUCCAAGAUCCAGUGGUGUCAAAACUUUUCAGCAGUUCAGAGGAAGGUCAAAAAGUGACAAGAAACAAUGGAGACAAAUUUUUAGCUGUGUUUAGAAGAAUAAGCGACCCUUAUGAAUAAAAGUAUGUAAAUUAAACACUUUUUAA